UUUAACCUUCACUGCCUGAGCUCAGUUCAUCACAUAUCAGAAUAAACUGCUGAAGAGAAGCUGAGAGAGGAUGGGAAAGCUCACUGUGUGCGUAUCUGUGCUGCUGAUGAUGAUGAUGACACUCAGUGAAAGCAGGCGCAUGAAUGCUUGCUGCACACGGUACCAUGAAUCUCCGAUCCCUGUCCGAUUUUUGCGAUGCUACACAAUCCAGGAGGCCACACAUUUCUGCAACAUCAAGGCAGUAAUUUUCAAGACGGUGAAAGGGAGAUUUGUUUGUGCAAACCCUGACUCAGUGUGGGUGCAGCAGGCCAGGGAGUCAGUGCCAGAAAUUGGACGACACCUGAAGAAGUGAACUUAAAGACACAGAAGACGCACAAGAUUAAUUGAAUGCAUUAUUUUAAUUUCAAUAAAUAACAUAUUUUUGUAUUUCUUUAAAUGUAUCACCGUAAAAUCAAUAAAUUGAAUAUUUUUUUUAAAUAA